AUGGAAAACAGAAGAAGAGGAAGAGAGUGAGUGAAACUAGCUGAAGUGACUCCAGCCUUGCCUGAGUUUCACUAACACAGCUGCAGAUUGCUGCCAAGGAUCUAAGCAUCACUCCAGGAAUCUUACCAAGCGUUUGCAAACUAUUCCACAAGGAUCAGUCAUCAUGAAAAUUGCAGUGCUUAUCUUGUGUCUUUUCACCAUUGCCUUUGCCUUACCAAUCAGCAAAUCGAGACAUCAUGACGAUUCUAUGAGUGCAGAAAGAAAACAUGACUCCAGAGAAAAUGAAGCUUACGCACACCACCAUCACCACCACAAUUCACACAGCCAUGAACACAGUCAAGAGCAUGGAAAUAGCCAUGAACACAGUCAAGAGUCUCCAGAACAUACAUCUUCUCAACUGGACUCUCAGUCUUUGGAAGAUCGUGAUGAGAUCACUGAGCAACAGACCCUUUUGGCCUCUUCCAGCAAAAGUCAUGAAGACGAUGAUGAUCAUAGCGAUGUUUCCAAAGAUGACGAUCAACCAGAUUCAGAUGAAUCCGAUGAGUCUCAUGAAACCUUCACUGACAUUCCCACCCCAGCUCCUACCACUGAUUCCAACAGAGGAGACGUCCCAUCUUAUAAGUUCAGGGCAGAAAUUGACCAGAUGAGUUUGGAGAGGUCUGGAAAGUUUGAUUCCCAAGAUGUUUCUGAUGAAGUGGACAGCACCCCAGAUGACGAGAGCCAUGAAUCUUCCAAGGCCCUUUCUCUGGAAAGCCAUGAAAGAGACGACAAAAGUAGCCUGAGCAAUGAAGUCCACAGUGCAUUUCGUGACAUAAGUCUAGAGGACAACAGCCCAGAGAAACCUGAGAGUGUGGAGGACAACAGCGACCACAGCAAAGUUUCCCUAGAAAGCACUGAAAGCAGAGAGCAGGAAAAAGAUCACAGUGAGGAACCCCAACAGUUAGACAGCAAUCCUGAUGACGUCAGCAACCAAACUUUGGAAAGUGCCGAGAAUCACCAAAGCGCCGAGGACCAGCACAGUGUUGAACAUCACGAUAGCGUUGAGGACAAUGAGGUCAUCCUCUAAAAGGGUAGAGUAAGAGAGGCAAUACUUAUCUGAGGGAGCUCUCCAAACUUUUUGCAUGUAAGGGCCCAACUAAGAUCCAAGCCCAACUCCAUCACCGGUGUUUUUGUUUCGCUGAGUUGCAAAAAAACAAAAAAGAGAGAGAGAGAGAAAGAGAGAGAGAAGGGCAACGCAACUUUGACUUGAAUAUUUGCUCCCAAUUAUAUAUACAUAAUUCGGAUUUCAGGCUGUAGCAAUUUGUAACUAGCAACAAAUGUAAACAUGCUUCCCAGUCCUGCUCAUGCUUAUUUGGGAGUCGAUCUGACAGAUCUUCAGUAGAAUUUCCUCCAGAUAAACAUGCUUAGGAUAAUAGUGUUUAAAUGAACAAUAACCGUAGUCAUGAUGAUUAGAGAAUAUCAGUGCCCUACUCGGUGCAGUCCUGCUCUGUCUCACAGUAGCUUGCUCUGAAGGAGAGAGAAAAACGCUUGGGGAAAAAAAUCUAGUUUUACAUUCCCACUGAUUUUUGUGUAUCUUACAAUGCUGUACUUCUGAAAUGUUUAAUAUUGCAGUGUAUAUUUUGUUGACAGUUGUGAGUUAAAUAAAGUGA